AUUAUAUAUAUUUCAUCAGACCACACAAUCACCACACAAAAGCAGGGUUGUUUUUUUUUUUCUCCAUUAUAUAUUUUUCAUCGGACCCCACAAAAGCGGGGAUCUUUUUCUACAGUAUAUAUUUUUUCAUCAGACCCCACACUCACCCCACAAAAAUGGGGUUUUUUUCUCCAUUAUAUAUUUUUCACCGGAACCCCACAAUCACCACACAGAAGUGUUAUUUUUUUUUCUUCCAUCACAUAUUUUUCAUGGGACCCCACAGUCGCCACACAAAAGUGAUAUUUUAUAUUUUCCCCAUUAUUUAUUUCUUCCCGCGCUGAGGCACCGCCCCCCCAUCAUGGCGCAGGCGCCUCGCGUGCCCCCCGCUCCCUCAGGGCAGGGCCCGUUUAUGGCGCACAUCAUUUAUUACAAAGCGCCCGCUAAAACACGAUUUAGUAGAACUGUGAUUUAUCACGCGCAUCUUUCGUCGCCUCUACCAUUAAAUACAAACGGCAAGCGCUGCUCGCGGUGCCCCGGAAGGCGUCGCUGGGGCAGUUCCGGGGCGGGCGGCGGCCAUUGCGCGGUGACCGAGGGGACAGCGCGGUGGCCAUGGGGAAACACUUCGGGAACCUGGCGCGGGUGCGCCAUGUCAUCACCUACAGCUUGUCUCCCUUCGAGCAGCAGGCCUUCCCCAAUGUGGUGUCCCACGGCGUCCCCAAUGUGGGCCGCCGCUUCGCCUCCCAGGUGUUGAAGGUGGUGCCUCCCUUGGCCAUUGGUUACCUCAUCUAUUCCUGGGGGACGCAGGAGUUCGAGCGGCUCAAGAGGAAGAACCCGGCUGACUACGAGCACGACCAGUGACACGGGCGAGUGGUGACCACGAGGCUCCGGAGCUCCCUGGGGACCUGCUGUGCUUGUUCCCAUUAGGAGGGGAUUAACAGGGAGAUAAGCCUUGGCUAAUAAACUGUAACUUUGCCCCA